UCUCCUAUCAGGCCUUGUUUGUUUCUUCCUUCUUCUUCUUCUUCUUUUCGCUACUUCGAUCAGUUCUCCAUAUCGCUUCACUCUGCCCUCCUCUUACACCCACUCUCUUCGAAAACACAACUAAGGAUCAUCUGGCUAAAAAGAUAUCGGCUUCGUUUGCACUAUGUUCGUUUUUCGUCGGGAGGAUCUCCCACCAGAUCCAGUGUUCCCUGCAGACUUGGAAAAGCUGGGAUAUUUCAUUAAUGAAAACGAUCAGAUUAAGAAGAUAUCCGAUCCAGAGCAGGAUUUCCAGUUCAAGGUCAACAAAAACCCUCGCUGGAAUGAGAUGCAACGAGAAGCGAUGAAUGAGUGCAUCCGCAAUAUAGUGUCAGCCCGCCUGCGAAACUUGGGACUUGCCCUGUUACAGCUCCCCCUCCACUCUCAGCCCAAAACACCGCGUGUCCCAAUCUUGGUAUCAAAGAACCUGUCCACUGCCUCUCGAAUUAUUUUAGUAUUUGGAGAACCGGUGCAGGAUCUCGGCAUCUGGGCAUAUCGCGUCGUUGGCACUGAAGGCAUAAAUGCUGGCUCGGCAGUGUCUCUGGCCGAGGCUAUCUUUAAGCCAAAUCCAGGCGGUGAUGCCACAAAAGCACACAACUAUUCGAAAACUGCACUUGUGCUUGCAAAUACCGGGCAACUUGUGUGGCACUGCGCAUCGGGGCGAGCAGUGACUCUUCCAUCGUGGUCAUCAUUGGCCCGGGACUCAGCCGUCGACCCUCCCCCCGUCAUGACAUGGCGGAACGAAAUUCCUCACAAUAGAAACUGGCAAGAACAUGUGGGCUGUGUUUUCAAUGAGGUUCUAGCGGCCCGGGGGAAAUUUGUCAGAAAGGAUAUCAAAAUCGAUGUCAUCGGUUUGGCUGAAGGAGGACUCGGCGCGAUUCGAUAUCUGGCGAACAAUUGCAAUCCAUAUAUAUCCGCUAUUUGCUUAUCCAACCCGCUCCAUACCUCGGAAAGAGAUUUGAUGGGGCACGACACAGAAUUAUCUCAAUCGUCGUUUGCCGCAUUUUUAGCUUCACGUUGCCGUGCAUAUCUCCUCUCUCCUCACCCUUUAGGUUUCCCAUUGUCUGACACCCAGAAGCAUGGAUGUAACUGUUAUUCGUCCGGAGAAGAACUCUACGAGGAGUGUAUCAUGCCAAAGGCCUGGAAGCAUAUGAUAGGAUGGUUGAAUUGGACCUACGAGGACCCAGACCGGUGCGAAGAGCAGCUUGAGGUCAGAGAGGUGGAUCCAAAGAUAUCCGAGGUGGAGUAGGAGUGAGGUGCAGGAGCUUCAACGCAUUUCUUAGUCUUAGGCAAGCAGCAGGCCUGUUUUACUAGAUCAUUAUCUGUGGACGG